CUUAGUUCUGAGAGAUGAUAAGAUAAGUGCAAUUGCGUAGAACAGCACACUUCAUCGCAAGGGCUCUUUAAAGAUUCGGAAAACCUUGUGAUCAGUUUGGUAAAACUAUGGAACAACCAGGUGGUGCCUGAGCAUUAGAAAACUAUGAUUCAGAGGAGUCCCAGAUAAAAACCAGCAAAAAGGAUAGUGAACAUACAUGUAUGUGUGUUCUAUAAUGUUAAAUAGAAACCGAGUAUCGUCGUCCAAAUAUGCAACAUUUAGAGCGCCAGAGUUUGCUUCCUUAUCAACCGGAAUGCAAUGGAAUACGAAAAUUGCAAUGAAUGCAGAUGCCAGGGACUGAUAGGAGACCCUCGGGACUGGCACUCAGUAUCAUUAUCAUGGCGUCAGUAGCUGCCCGGACACGGGCCCGCGCGAGACUUGACUCGAAAACAGAACGGAUACCCACAUAGCAUUCAGCACAUCGGAAGUCGCAAUGCAGAGCCAAGCGAAUCUGAACUGGGGCAUCGCGGCAGCGGGCAGGAUAACGCAGGACUUUGUCACCGCCCUGGGAACCGUGGAGAAGUCCCGUCAUGUGGUAGUGGCCGUGGCCGAUGUGGAUGGCCAGCGGGCGCAGGAGUUCGCCCAGAGGAAUCAAAUACCCAGGCACUACGAUGGGUUCGAUGCUCUGGCUCUGGAUCGAGAGGUGGAUGUGGUGUAUGUGGGCACCCUGAAUCCAUUCCACUAUGCUGUCGUCCAUCUCAUGCUGGCCAGGGGUAAAAAUGUGCUCUGUGAGACUCCCAUGUGCUUGGGUUUGGAGCAGGCCAAGGAGCUGUACGCCUUGGCCGAGCAGCGGGGAGUGUUCCUCAUGGAGGGCAUGUGGUCACGCUUCUUUCCCAGCUACGAGCGUCUGCGGGAACUCCUGAACAACGACGUCAUUGGGGAGGUGACCCAGGUGAAGGUCCAGCAUGGCUUUCGCUUGGCCCACAUGGAACGGGUGUGCAGCCGUUCUCUGGGGGGGUCGAUCCUCAUGGACAUUGGCAUCUACGCCUUGCAGCUGGGUCAGUUUGUUUUCGGUGUGUCUCCCGUCAAAAUCCUGCCCAGCGGAACGCAGCUCAACAAGGAUCGCGUAGAUGUACAAAGCGAAUUCAUGCUGGACUAUGGAGACGGUCGCCGAUUGGUGGCUUUGGUGACCGGACUAGAGAAUCUGGAGAACGAUGCCGUCAUCACGGGCACCAAAGGCGAGAUUAGGCUGUCCAACUACUGGUGCUGCACCCAGGUGAGCCGUUCUAAUGCUCCUCCCGAAUCCUGGCCCUUGCCACGGGCCAAGUUUGACUUCCACUACACGAACACCUGCGGACUGAGAUACGAGGCGGAGGAAGUGCGUCGCUGCAUAGAAAAACGUCUGCUCGAGAGUCCGAAAUUCACGCACGCCGAAAGUCUGGAGCUAACAUCCAUUGCCGAUGAGAUCCGACGACAAAUCGGUGUAGUAUAUGAUGUCUGAUGUCAGAGCUGUGAAGAACACUUGGUAAUUAAUAAAUACUUGAACUAUAUCAAUACAUCACCAAGUACAUUGAAUCAGUUUGAGGCAUCUUCUUAAAACAACCACAUUGAAUCUGCAACUGAAAAUAUACAAACUCUCUUAAAAAUA